AUGAGAAUGAUGGGCAAUUUUGGAGGGUCUUUUUGGGCCAAUUUCAGAGGUUUUCAAAGCUCGUCACAGAUUGACGAAAUUUUAGAAAAAGAAGAAACAACCCUUGCCCAGUUGCUGGAUCAGGAUGAAAUUUUGCAGGAAAUGAGAAACCAAAAUCAGAAAUUAAUUGACUUGUAAUCAUUAUGCAGCUUGAACAGAGACAGAAUUAUGGAAUUGAUUGAGUAUAUUUCAGUUUUCCCACCAGAUGACGCUGACAAUAAACGUGGGCAUAAGUUUCCAUUCCUUGCCUCAGAAUUGUUUGCGUGUGAAAUUCCAAGUUUGUUGGAUAAGUUUUAUGAUGACCAAACUUUACUGGAAAAAUUAUUUAGCUUCUUUGUAGAGCCAUUGAAUUUGACAUUAGCUGGAUAUGUAAGCAGACUUGUCAUAAGCCUUUUUAUCAGAAACCCGCCUGAACUGCUCAAAUUUAUUAUUGAGAAAUCUUGGAAUUCCUGGUUUGUGCAGCACUUAGAAUAUAGAGCGGUAUUAGAUAUCAUAACAAAAAUAAUUCUCGUAGAAAAUCCUUCAGAGACUUUUUAUGUUAUUCAGAGGAAAGAAAUCGUCCAAAAUUUGAUAUAAAGUUUUGUCUGAAUGUGAAAAUUUUAAAAUAAACAGUCGGUGUCUUAUUUUCUUUAAAAAUAAUUUCUGAUCAGAAAUUUUAAGAAAAAUGACACUGUAAAUUAUAUAAAAAAUUUAGCAUCCUCAAACCCCAAUGCCGCUUUAAAUUCCAGUCAAAUCUUAUGUGAGCUAAUAUCAAAGCAUAACGACGUAAACUCCUGGCCUGAGCUCGCUGGAGUUCUUACACAAAAAGAAUCCUUAUAUUUGCUUACAGAAGGCCUUACAUCUCAAAAUAAUUAUAAUAUAAACGCAGUCGUCACUGUCCUUAGAGCCAUCAUGGCAAGCAGCUCUCAUACCGAUUUAUUGACAUUAUCCAAAAAACAAGCCACAAAUCUUGAUGAGGAUGCCUCUACCCUGCUUGAAGACGAAGAAUCCCCUGAAUUUAUUGAAAGUUUCGUAACAGUUUUGCCAAAAUUAAAAGAAAUUUUAGAAAAUUUCCAUGGCGGGCAAAUUCAAACGACUUUUAAUGAAGAUAUUGAGGCACUAGGAGAAGGGAAAAUAAAGAUAAUUGAAGUAAUUGGGGCAGCUAUCAAGAUGGAAAUUAAAGAAAUCCAAGCAAAAAUUGAGGAAAUUGAGGUGGUAAAAACCAUUGUGGGGAUUUUCUUUAAAUUUGAAUGGAAUUCAAUACUCCAUACGACUUUUGAGCAGUUUGUGAAUGCGAUUUUGUUAUCGUCUUCACAAGUUUUGAAGGAGCAGCUAUUAAAUACUUCAGGAUUUUUGGCAAAAAUUAUAGAAAAAGGACUAAACCCGGGGCGCCCAGGUACAAGAAAUCCAUCAUUAAAGCCUGGAUAUAUGGGACAUAUUACAAGAAUUUCAAAUUUAAUAGUAAAAACUUCUGAAAAUCGUCCAGAAAUUACAGAAAUUAUAUCAAAAACUGAAAGAUGGGAUGAGUUUAAAUCCUCGUACCUAGAAAACACAAAUUUCUUAGAAAAUCGACACCUUGGAGGGUAUCAGCCUCUGUCUUUCGGAGACCAUUUCGCUGAAGAAGAUGCCAGAGACAGUGAGGAAAACUCAACAAACCCUUUUUCUUCCUAUAGCAAUAAUGAAAAUUCUAAUGAGGAAUUAGAAAUUCCUGAAGAAGAAAUUGAGACUAAUGAAAAGCCACUGACUAGCGAAGACUUAAUGUUUGAUUUGAAUGAAAAUGAAGAGAAAAAAGAAGAAAAUAACGAGCCGGAUCCUGAAAAAGAAAUAAAAAGUGAAAGUAUUGGAGAAGUGCAGGGCGAGCCAGAUACUUAUUCAGACGUUAAUUAUUGGGCAACACCUGUUGUGAUUGAAGAAUUAGAAGAAUUAUAA